UUUGAUUGGGAAUUUUUUUUUCCUCAUUUCCGUGGGCCUGGAAGUUUGAUAAUGUUUUCGUUUGGGCCUCUACAUAAUGCGGUCCGAAAUGAAGCCCAUCUUCGCUUAAGAAGCCCGAGUUCCCAGUUCCGCCGCUACCCGCCAGAAGAACUGACCCGAGUCUCCGCCGCAACUUCUCCUUUCCUUUCUCUUCCUCCUCCUCCGUUUCCGCUUUCUUCUGCUAAACGACGAUCAUCUAGUAACUCAGCGGCGGGAAAUGGCGACAGACAACGCAGCUAGCAAGGGGAAAAAGAGAAAGCAGUUUCUUCCCCACAACAAACCGGUUAAGAAGAAAGGUUCGUACCCUUUACAUCCUGGAGUUGAAGGCUUCUUCAUUACUUGCGAUGGAGGGAGAGAGCGCCAAGCUGCUUUCGAGGCUAUGAACGUUAUUGAAACUUUCUAUGAAGAGCUAGUCCAAGGAAAAGGUGGUAAUGUGAAGCUCUCCGAGUUGCCAGGUAAACCACAGAACAAAAAGAUCAAGUUCACAUACUCCGAUGAUGAAGAUGAGGAAGAGGGAGAGGAUGAUAAAGCUGAGGAAGAGGAGGAUGCUAAGAAACUUAAUGGGGAUGAUGUCAAAGCUGAAGAUAACUCUUCAGGAAAUGGCACUGAGGCGGAGACUAAAACGACUGAAGGGGCGAGUGUUCCAACUGUUGUGGAGUGUAGUAACAUAGAUCCAGCAGAAGGGAAAACCAGUAAUGUAGGAGAAGCAACCAAAGAACCUGCUGCGGAGCCACCAGUGAAAAAACAGUGCAUUGAAAUUGAUGAUUCAAAAGGUGCUGUUGCAGCCAAAGUGGAGGAGAAAUCUAUUGACAAGCUUAUAGCUGAAGAGCUCAAAGAACUCGGGGACAAAAGUAAGAGACUUCUCGUUAAUCUCGAUUCUGGCUGCAAUGGUGUUGUUUUUGUUCAAAUGCGCAAGAGAGAUGGAGGCCCCUCUCCCAAGGAUGUUGCACAGCAGAUGAUGACAACUUUGGCAUCAACAAAGAAACACGUGUCAAGGUUUCUCUUAAGAAUGUUGCCAAUUGAGGCAUCCUGCUAUCCUUCAGAAGAGGAAAUUUCAAGGGCAAUUGCUCCACUUGUCGCAAAGCACUUCCCUGUGGAUGCUCCAGAACCACAUAAGUUUGCUGUCAUGUACGAAGCGAGAGCAAACAGUGGGAUCGACAGGGCAAAGAUCAUAAAUGCAGUGGCGAAGGCUGUUCCCGACCCUCAUAAAGUUGAUCUCAGCAAUCCUAACAAGACAAUCAUUGUCGAAAUCGUGAAGACAGUUUGCUUGAUUGGAGUUGUAGAAAAGUACAAGGAGUUGUCUAAGUACAACAUCAGGCAGCUUACCUCUCCCCCACCAAAUCAGUAGAGCACCACCAUGCAUAGAGUCUAGUUUAUCAGAUACAUUUCUCUGUUUCUUAUUUAUGUCAAGAGCUAGAGAAUGAAUUCCGAAAAUGGAUGGAUUUCCUUGAGUUGAGUAAUCAAACGGUAUUAUCCCAUUUCAUUAGAAACUGGCACCGAAGAUAAAGCAAUUGCUUGCUU